CUCUCUGUCUCUGUAAACAACAUAGCUGCUACCAUGAUACCUGAUUUUUUACGGUGAUUUUGGGCCGCCGAAAAACCCUACCUUUGAAGUGCUUUUUGGGGAUUUUCCAUGCUCCCCAGAGGUUGUAUGAGCUGGCCAAUGGUUCAUCCAUCCAGACCGUUGAUACUUCGUGCCCCACAGUGGAUAAAUCAUGCCUUAAAAAUCUCCUAGAUUGGAAGAUCAUACAGAAAUCCAAUUUUGGGUUCUUAUUCAGUCGAAUGCCGACCGUUCCUCCGUUUAUUUUCGUAACCGUGUAUUUGCAGGACACCAUCCCAAGGGUUGGGAUUGUUCUAUGGAGUGUGUUUUGCUUAACCAAAGUCCAUAAUAUUGUCAUGGAUGAGAAAGUGGUAGAAGAAUGGACCAAUGAAGAGUGUAACGAAGAUGUGGAUGGUGAAAUUGAUAAGGGAGAGGAAGAUAAAAUAAAGGAUCAUAUUGCGAAGAGAGAAUUUGUUAAUGAUUUUGGAGCUACGUGUCUUGUGCCUUAUGUUGGUAUGGAGUUUGCAUCUGAUGGCCAGGCAUUUGAAUUAUACAAUGCAUAUGCCAAAUAUGUGGGUUUUAGUGUUCGGCGGUACUCUACUCGUAAAUCGCGACGUGACGGUACAAUACUUUCUCGUCAAUUUGUAUGUUAUAGACAUGGUUUCCGUGAGCAAAGAUAUGUUAAUAGAGCAGACCGAAAGCGAAAGGUGAAGGCAAUCACGAGAACAGGUUGCGAAGCAACAUUAUUGGUAAAUAAGAGAAACAAUGGAAAAUGGGUGGUUAGGAAAUUUGUGGAAGAACACAACCAUAACAUGGUAACCGGGAUAAAGGUGCAUUUGCUUCCAUCUCAUAGACGGAUACAUGCUGAUACAGAAGACGAGAUUGAUAAAAGGGGAUGUCCAAGUUCAAGGACAACUCCAGCUGUCAAGACAAUGGCAAUAGAAUCAGGACGGAGUAGUACUGGUAAUGUUGGGAGAGAUCCUAGAAAUUAUAUAAUGUCUUCGUUGCCAACAAAGCGUCUUGAGAAAGGGGAAAGGGAAAUUUUGAUUAAAUACUUUGAGCGUUUGCAUGCUGAGAAUCCUGGCUUCUUCUUUGCAGUAGGAUUUGAUAAGGAAAACGAUGUGACCAAUUUUUUGUGGGUUGACGCUAGGUCACGUAUGGACUAUUGUUGCUUUGGGGAUGUUGUUACCUUUGACACCACAUACAAUACAAAUGGCUGUAAGAUGCCAUUUGCAUCAUUUAUGGGAGUUAACAAUCAUCAGCAAUCUGUUUUGUUUGGUUGUGCACUAUUGUAUGAUGAUACUGAAGCUUCCUUAGUGUGGUUGUUUGAGACUUGGUUGAAAUCAAUGUUGGGACGUCAUCCAAUCUCGAUGAUUACAGACCAAGAUCAAUCCAUGACAACAGCAGUUGCACAAGUGUUCCCUCAAACCUGCCAUCGAUUUUGUCUGAGGCACAUUUUUCAAAACGCCACCAUCAAAGCAUUUAGCGUCCAUGAAGACUUUGCAAAGGAUUUUAGGAAAUGCAUUUAUACUAGAGGGACAAUUGUAGAGUUUGAAUCACAAUGGGUUUCACUUCUUGAGAAGUAUAAUGCGAGGGAUAAUGUCUGGCUAAAGUCGAUGUAUGAGAAACGUGAGAAAUGGGUUCCUACGUACUUGCGCCAUACCUUCUUUGCGGAUACAUCAACUACUCACCACAGUGACAGCAUAAACUCUUACUUUGAUGGGUAUGUGGAUAUGAAAGUAGGGUCUUAUGAGUUUAUUAAGCAGUACGAGAGAGCAAUUUUCAAUCAACGCGGGAAGGAAAACGAGGAGGACUAUAGAUCAAAUGACAUAGCUCCAAAAUUGAAGUCAGUGCUGCCUAUGGAAGAGGAAGCGGCAAAACUUUAUACAAGAACAAUUUUUGUGAAAUUUCAAGAGGAAUUGUUUAGGAAAGAUAGACACAUUGCGGACAAAAUCGAAGAUGAUGGAACAGCCAUCACAUAUAGAGUGACGAAUCAUCGCAAGCAAGGUAGGGGUUACACUGUGAAUUUUAAUGCUUCUGAAACCAGAGCCAAUUGUAGCUGUCAAAAGUUUGAGUUUGCAGGCAUCCUGUGUAGACAUAUAUUAUUAGUUUUUAGGAUGUCAAAUGUUAUCAGUCUUCCCUUGCACUAUGUUUUGAGAAGGUGGACAAAGCAUGCUAAGCCUGGGGAUGCACUGGAAGUACUCGGCAUCGAGAUGCAAGGUGAUGAUGAGAGAGCAGUAUGGUUACGGCAUUACAAUCUCAUGUUGCUGAGUCAUAAUAUUUUGUCAAAGGGAGCAAAAAAUGCAAAAAUUUAUGACAUGGUUGUAUGUGGCUUGCAACAUAUAUCAAAGGAACUGGAUGCUGCAGAAAAUGAUGCUGCUAGUCGCCAGCAUGAAAAUAUUGAGCUAGGGCAGAGUUAACAAAGCACAACUCAGGUGGCUGAUAGUAGUCAGCGAUUCUGGUGGCUAGUGGUUUAGCGGAAGACGGCUUGCCUGAUUAGAAAGGAUGAUCUUUGCUCAGAUAUUGUAGUCUGUGGGAACAAAUGGUGGGGAAUGAUGGCAUGUGCACUGACACGAGUAUACUACAUGUAGAGUUGUGUUCAUGUUUAACUUUUUUUUUUUUUUUUUAUGUAUGUGAUAAAUGUAAUUAGCUGUUAGCUCACAACUCCAGUCUUGUUGCUACUGUUAUGUUAGUUACAACAAUAGCUUUUCACUUACAGUUGUGAUGCCAAAAUAGUUAUUGAUGUAGCCAUUGAGUCUGUGUUGGAGUACAUUAUGGAGGCAGAUUCAGAUCUUGAUAGUUUAGGUGAGAGGCUCAUCUAUUUCAUAUAUCAUAUCAUGUUUGGACAAUAAUAAUAUAUCAUUGAAUUAGGUUUUAUGUUC